AAAGACUUCUUCCAAAUUCUACAUCUGUCAUUGCUGAUUUUGUGUGUUCGAAUGCAGCCCAAGUAAACUGCAGGUCCGCUAAAUAUGGUACACAAAAAAACUUCAAACACAUUUGGCAAAUCAAAGCCAUUUCACGAUCGUCAAAAUAUUUGGCAUGCGAUUGCGAAGAGGGAAAACAAUUGGGCGCAAGAAGUGGCGAAUGGCCGGCCAGACUUUCAGAUGCCGCCGACGUCACGGACAACAGGCGCCACGAAGAAUCCGCGGAGAGCACGUUGCGUAUACGCGCAGUGGGACGGGUUCUCUUCCGACGACUGGAGAGAGUUCCUCCGGCCGAGAUCACAUUCUGGGCCGUGCCAUUCGGUCCGGCAGUCAGUAGGCGUGCGAAGCGCUCCAAGACUGGGUGCUUCCGUUGCGUGAAAAUAAAUUCUUGAGAACACCCCAUACUAUGUGCUUCACUUAGUCUUUUCUGUGCCAGUCUGUGUGCGCCCGUGGAUAUAUACUUGUUUAUAUGCAGCUAAGAAGUGAAUACGAAAUGGCUGCUGCAUUUAGAACAUUCAAUUAGUGUCUUGAGGUAACCAAUCAUUUGGAGGAAAGUAGAAGGAAAAAUGCAUUUGCGUCCAGUCCACAUUUAUGCACUCAUCGCCGCCUUCUUCAAAGCGAGUCUCGCCCUCGGCGGCGACGGUCGCAAUGAAAUCACCGUGGGUGCCAUUUUCUAUGAAAAUGAAAAGGAGAUCGAACUCAGCUUCGAUCAGGCGUUUCGCGAGGUCAACAACUUAAAGUUCGCCGAGCUGCGAUUCAUUACCAUCAAGCGAUUUAUGCCCACCAACGACAGUUUUCUUCUGCAGCAAAUUACGUGUGAACUGAUUUCCAAUGGCGUUGCGGCUAUUUUCGGACCAAGUUCAAAGGCAGGCAGUGAUAUCGUUGCGCAAAUCGCAAACACGACCGGCAUUCCACACAUAGAGUACGAUUUGAAGUUGGAGGCCACGCGCCAGGAGCACCUGAACCAUCAGAUGUCCGUCAAUGUGGCACCCUCCCUGUCCGUAUUGUCACGCGCCUACUUCGAGAUCAUCAAAACCAACUACGAGUGGCGCACCUUCACGCUGAUCUAUGAGACACCUGAGGGCCUGGCACGCCUACAGGAUCUGAUGAACAUUCAAGCUCUUAACAGUGACUACGUUAAGCUUCGUCAUUUGGCGGACUACGCAGAUGACUAUCGAGUACUGUGGAAGGAAGCAGACGAGACCUUCCAUGAACAGCGCAUCAUUUUGGACUGUGAGCCGAAAACUUUAAAGGAGCUAUUGAAGAUUUCCAUGGACUUCAAGCUGCAGGGACCAUUCAGGAACUGGUUUCUCACCCACUUGGACACGCAUAGCUCGGGGUUGAGGGAUAUUUACAAUGAAGACUUUAAGGCCAACAUUACCUCAGUGCGAAUGAAAGUGGUAGAUCCAAAUCCCUUUGAAAGAAAGAAGACCCGUAUCACCAAGGUGGAUCAAAUAUUGGGAAACCAGACUAUGUUGCCAAUUCUUAUCUUUGAUGCCGUGGUCCUUUUUGCCAGCUCUGCCCGAAAUGUUAUGGCUGCCAUGCAGCCCUUUCAUCCACCCAAUCGGCAGUGCGGCAGCCCUUCUCCCUGGAUGCUGGGAGCAUUUAUAGUUAACGAAAUGAAAACCAUUUCCGAGGACGAUGUGGAGCCGCGCUUCAAGACCGAGAACAUGAAGCUGAACGAGAACGGCCAGCGCACCCACUUCAAUCUCGAGAUCUACAAGCCGACCGUGAACGAGCCCAUGAUGGUCUGGACGCCAGAUAAUGGAAUCAAGACGCGUCGCCUCAACCUGGAACUGGAUAGUGGCGGCACUGCUCAGGAUUUCUCGGAGCAGCGGAAGCUCUACAAUGUGGUAACGCACUUCGAGGAGCCCUACUUUAUGAUGAAAGAGGAUCACGAGAACUUCAGAGGCAGGGAGAAGUACGAGGGGUAUGCCGUGGAUCUCAUAAGAAAGCUCUCCGAACUGAUGAACUUUGAUUAUGAGUUCAUGAUCGUGAACGGCAAUGGGAAAUAUAACCCGGAGACCAAACAAUGGGAUGGCAUUAUACGCAAGCUGAUAGACCACCAUGCCCAAAUAGGCGUUUGCGAUCUGACCAUAACCCAAAUGCGACGUUCUGUGGUGGACUUCACGGUGCCCUUUAUGCAAUUGGGCAUUAGCAUUCUGCACUACAAGAAACCUCCGGAGCCAGAGAAUCAGUUUGCCUUCCUGAAACCCUUCGCCGUUGAGGUCUGGAUUUACAUGAUCUUUGCCCAGUUGAUAAUGACUCUGGCUUUCGUUUUCAUCGCCAGGCUUUCCUAUCGCGAAUGGCUGCCACCAAAUCCUGCUAUUCAGGAUCCAGAUGAACUGGAGAAUAUUUGGAAUGUCAACAACUCGACAUGGCUGAUGGUGGGCUCUAUAAUGCAACAGGGAUGUGAUAUACUACCUAGAGGUCCCCACAUGCGUAUUCUGACUGGAAUGUGGUGGUUCUUCGCCCUGAUGAUGCUUAGUACGUACACGGCCAACUUGGCGGCCUUCUUGACCAGCAACAAGUGGCAGAGCAGCAUUAAGAGCCUGCAGGACCUGAUCGAGCAGGACGAGGUGCAGUUCGGCAGCAUGCGGGGCGGCAGCACCUCGCUGUUCUUCUCCGAGUCGAACGACACCGACUACCAGCGGGCCUGGAACCAGAUGAAGGACUUCAACCCGUCCGCCUUCACCAGCACGAACAAGGAGGGGGUGGCGCGGGUGCGCAAGGAGCAGGGCGACUACGCCUUCCUGAUGGAGACCACCAGUCUGACGUACAACAUCGAGCGGAACUGCGACCUGAUCCAGAUAGGCGAACAGAUCGGGGAGAAGCACUACGGCCUGGCCGUGCCCCUGGGUGCCGACUACCGGACCAACCUCAGCGUGUCCAUCCUCCAGCUGAGCGAAAAGGGCGAGCUGUACAAGAUGAAGAACAAGUGGUGGAAGAAUCACAACGUCACCUGCGAAUCCAUCCACGAAGUGGAUGGCGACGAGCUGUCCAUCGUCGAACUGGGCGGCGUCUUCCUUGUCCUGGCCGGUGGCGUCCUUACCGGCGUGAUUCUGGGCAUCUUCGAGUUUCUGUGGAACGUGCAGCACGUGGCGGUGGAGGAACGGGUCACCCCGUGGCAGGCUCUCAAGGCGGAGCUGGCCUUUGCCCUCAAGUUCUGGGUCCGAAAGAAGCCGAUGAGGAUCUCGAGCAGCAGCGACAAAUCCUCUUCCAGGCGGUCGUCCAGUUCCAGGAGGAGCUCCAAGGAGAAGACUCGCAGCAAGACGGUCAGUUAGGAGCUCUGAACAUAUUGUUAGUGUUUUAAAGUUGUUUGCUAGAUUUCACUUUGUCAUUUCAAAGAAAUGGUCCGUUUGAUAUGUGCAUACACAUAUACAUGGAGCUAUAUUUAUAAAUCUUAGAACAAAAGAUGGCGCAAUUGGGUAUAUCAGACGUCCUGGAGAAUUUCGUUGGAUAGACCAUGUAUCAAAUUAUGAA